AUGUCGGCCGUAGUUGCUGCUGUCCGUCCUUCCCAGGCGCUCCGCCAGCGCCGCGAGACCCAGCGCCCCAAAGUCGUAGCCAAGCCCAGCAUGGAGAACGGCGCGCCCAAGGAGAACAUCCAGCGCCAUGUCAACCGUCCAGACAGUAUCCUCAAGACGUUCAACGGCCGCCCACCCUCGCUGCGCAUCUAUCUCUAUCAAAGUCACUUUCGGCUCAAUGACUCCCAAGAGACGCUUUCGUACGCCUCUCCCAUGCGCGAGCUUCUGGAUCAUCUCAAACAGAAGACGGUGCCGCAUAACAUGCUUGAAGAGCUCCAUGCCAUGGGAGUCCAAUUCUACGAUAGCUGUCUCAUCGUCGAGCUACACAAUUUUCGUAAUUCGGGCAUCAAAGCUAAGGACGACACGAACAGCUCCACCGAGGGUUCUGGUGCAGACCCCUUCUCGAUCCACAACUACAACAACUUCAUCACCCCCUCUCCGCACGCUCUACAUCCUGCAGUGGAAGCGAAUGCUAUAUCUGAGCAAGCAGACGGACAGGAUGCGGGCGCCGCGGCGAAAGCGGACAAGGACGUGGAUAAGGAGAAUAUGCCGGCACCUGGCCAGGCAGCGUCGCAGAAACAGGCGAAUAAGGCGAAAGUUACGACCGUCGUGUUAUUUCCAACGCCCCAGUCUCAACUCGCCGAUAUUACACAGCUUGCCAAUACGCCCCUUCCAGACGUAGCAACCCUUCGCCGUAACCAGGCGGCUGCGCGCGCUGCUGGCAACCCGCCUACUCCCUUGACAGCCGUCCCUCCUACACCCAGUGCGUUAGCCGCAGGCCGAAGUCCUAAAAGACAGAAGAUGAUCCUAGAUGAGAACAAUUUGCAUGAGUUCGAGUCUGCCGUGCUCAGCGAGACUUGUCCCAAGUUGUAUCUGGAACCGACAAAGACUUUCAGGGAGACUCUCGCGCUCAUGGAUGCUAACACUCAUCCGAAUAACCAACAUUCACCACCUAUGCGAAAGACACGCAAACGGACUACCGCCGAGUUGGCCGCGGAUGAAGCCGAGGCCGCAGAUAUCCAGCGUUUCAUGCUUGCAGGUGACGAGCAUCAAGCCAGCAACACCGCGGCAGCAGCAGGCGGAGACGAGAGCCAGCAUGCCGUUCGCGCGGGCGCCAACCAGCAAACGUUCUCCCGCUUCAAGACCUUGGCGGCCAUCAAGACGAAUCAUGAAGAAGCUGAACGUAGGAAGAAGGAAGAGGAGGCGAGACAAGCGCAAGCUAAGAGACAAGCACAGGUAGACGCAGAAGCAGCUAAGCGUCGCGAGAUUGAAGCCAACCAACAAGCAGAGCAGAGUGCUGCCUCUGUUAUGCUGCAAAAGAAGCAGGAAGCCAUGGCACGUCAGCAACAACAACAACAGCACCAGCAGCAACAGCAGCAACAGCAAGCUCUCGCGAUGCAAAUGGCUAAUGCGAAUGCCCAGGUGUCCCAGACCCCAUUAUCCGCAACUCAGCCGCAAUUCUCGUCUCCUGUUGUUCGCCAGCAGACACCUAUGGCUGCUGCGGCAUCACCGCUCCACCAAGUACAUGCCACGCACCCGAUGGGUGGUACGCCGAUGGUUGCUACGUCUUCAAAUCACGCCGCUGGCAGUCCUGCUCGACCUCCUUCUGCUAUAUCACAUCAUCCGAACGCCAUGGCGCGUACCGCUAGCCAGCAGCACCAGAACUUGAGUCGCACUGGAACGCCACAGAUUGUGCAAGGAACCCCGGUCAUGAACUCCGCUAUGCCGGCCCGAAACAUAUCUUCUACGCCAACGCCUCGGAUGAACAACCAAGGAAGUCCGAACAUCCCAGUGCCAGGUGCUACGCCAAUCAUGAUGCACACACCCCAGCCCGGGCAGAACAUGACUCCCGAACAAAUGCAGUUCCUUCAGAAUCAGAACAUGCAGAACCAACUGCGGGCUCAAGGCAUGCAGCAGGCAAAUAUGUCCCCCAGCAAUCAACAACAAAUCCAGCAGGCGGCCAUACAACGCGCAAACAUGCAAAUUCAGGCCAAUGGUGUCCCUCAAGGUCAGAAUCCUCAGCAUUAUAGGCAAAUGCUAGCAUCGAGAUUCUAUCAACAAUUGCAACAGCAACAACAACAGCGCAUGGCCGCCAACAUGUCACCACAGGGAAUGCCUCAGGCUGGAACUCCGAACGCUGGUGCAACACAGCUUGCUAACAUGAACCUACAGCAACUUCGUCAGCAGUACAUGUCACGCAAGCAGCAGCUCAUACAGACCUUCGGCCAGAACGUCCCACAACAACACCUAGCACAGAUGAAUCAAAUGGAAGCAGCCAUAAGGCAAAGAGAGGCACAGCAGCAACAACAGCAACAAGCAGCACAGCAACAGGCAAUGGCGCAGGCUGGCCAGAUGAACAUGCAAGGCCUGCCUAAUCAAAUGAAUAUGCAAGGUGGUGGCAACCCACAGGCUUCGGUUCAAAUGCAACAAUACCAGCAGAUGCUUCAACAGCAACGCGCUCAGCAGCAGCGACAGAACCAAAUCAUGCAGAUGCGACAGCAGGCGAUGCAGCAGGGUGGUCAGAUGAAUAUGAACAACAUGCCGGCUGGUUUCAAUGUCAACAACAUGGGCAACAUGGGGAGUAUGAACGGGAUGAACAUGGCGAACAUGCAGGCGAUGAGCCAAGGCAACAUGGGCAUGCAGGGUAUGCAAGGGAUGCAAGGGAUGAACAUGGGUAACAUGCAAGGGAUGAACCAGCAACAAAUGCAGCAAAUGAUGAUGAUGCGACAGGCGCAAGCGAGAGCUGCUAUGCAGCAGCAAGGACAACAACAGCAACAGCAACAGGGUGGGGAUAUGAACUGGAGCGGUGUUUGA